UUUUGUUUUGAAAAUGUUUGUUCUGUAAAAUAUAUACCAAACCGAAUGAGAUUUUACGUCACUCACCCAAUAUGGUUUCUUUUUAAAAUUCCGCAGGCAAAUUCAACGCAGUGGAUAAGUAGAGCAAAGCCACAAUGAAGCUCGAGCUCUGCAACUUCAGUGGAUAUAAAAUAUAUCCUGGCCACGGAAAGCGCUUCAUCAGAAUUGAUGGCAAGCUUUUCAAUUUCUUGAAUAAAAAAAGUGAGCGAUCGUUUUUGAUGAAACGAAACCCUCGUAAAAUUUCUUGGACCGUAUUAUACAGAAAGAAACACAAGAAAGGCACACAGGAAGAAGUUUCUAAAAAAAGAACAAGAAGAAAUGUUAAAUUUCAACGUGCUAUUCAAGGUGCAUCAUUAGAAGCUAUUAUGGCAAAAAGAAAUCAAAAACCUGAAGUAAGGGAAGCACAGAGAAACCAGGCUAUAAAAGCUGCAAAAGAUAAAGCUAAAGCUAAGAAAGCAGAAAAAAGAUCUGUUAAGAAAGCUGCACCAGCCGGCAAGAAGCAACCAAUGCAAAAAGCGGCGAAAAACGUUGGAAAGGGUGUUGGAAGAGUUGGUGGUAAAAGAUGAUUUUCUGUAUUAUCUUAAUGUAAAUACAAAAAUCCUGCGAAUAAAA